CCGGCGGUGUUAUUAUGUGCAGUGCAAUAUCCGUAUUGACUGCCCAUCGAUAUGGUCUAGGUUUAACACACAUCGGGAUGAAACUGAGAGUUUCUUGCUGUUCACUCAUUUACAGAAAGGCUUUGCGGUUAAGUCGAACCGCACUCGGAGACACAACUGCUGGACAGGUUGUGAAUUUGUUGUCCAAUGAUGUUAGCAGAUUUGAUAUCGCUAUUAUCUUUUUACAUUAUUUGUGGAUUGGACCAUUAGAAACUAUAAUUAUUACGUACUUGAUGUACAGAGAGGUUCAAUUUGCUGCCGUAAUCGGUGUUGCUACGAUGUUAGGAUUUGUUCCCUUGCAGGCUUAUUUGGGCAAACGUACAUCGACUCUCCGCAUGCGAACCGCGUUGCGGACUGAUGAACGUGUUAGACUUAUGAACGAAAUCAUAUGUGGAAUCCAAGUCAUCAAAAUGUAUGCUUGGGAGAAACCUUUCGCCUAUCUCGUGUCUCUGGCUAGAAAGCGAGAAAUCAAAGAAAUUCGUGCAACAUCCUACAUCCGUGGUACUCUACUCUCUUUCAUAAUGUUUUCAACACGUCUGAGUGUUUUUGUAAGUCUGGUAGCUUAUGCUUUAUUAUACCAGGUUGUUACUGCUGAGAAGGCAUUCGUCUUGACUUCUUAUUAUAAUAUUUUGAAGCAAACUAUGACGGUAUUUUUCCCACAAGGUAUUGGACAGGUUGCUGAAGCUGCUGUGUCGAUAAAACGUUUGGAGAAAUUUAUGAUGUACGAUGAAACGCCCCUGUCUGCCAACACUCCGAUUUCUCAAACGGAUAUUGAUGUCUCCCUCAAAUUAUCUACAAGCAAAUCUGGAGAAAGCGAUCAGUCUACUGACAAUGAUAUUAGCAACGGUACCAAAUAUUCCGAAAUUUCCAAAAAAGGAUCCUCAGAAGGUGUCAAAAUUAUCGGUGAUACUAAACUAAACGGAAAUGUUUUGGAAAUGGAAAAUGCUGUAGCAAGAUGGACUCCAAAUCAAACUGAAAAUACUUUAAAUGAUAUAUCUUUGUCUAUCAAACCUGGAAUGUUGAUUGCUGUAAUUGGUCAAGUUGGGUCCGGAAAAAGUAGUCUUCUCGAAGCCAUAUUAGGAGAAUUGCCUUUGGAGAGUGGAUCAGUUUCAGUCAAUGGUACUGUUUCAUAUGCAGCUCAAGAACCAUGGCUGUUUGUUGGGAGUGUAAGACAAAAUAUUCUGUUUGGGCAACCCAUGGAUCGCGAGCGGUACAAACAGGUUGUUCGCAAAUGUGCUUUGGAACGAGAUUUUGCACUUCUACCUUUUGGAGACAAAACUAUCGUUGGUGAGCGCGGUGCAUCUUUAUCAGGUGGUCAACGUGCUCGAGUCAGUUUAGCUAGAGCUGUAUAUCGACGUGCAGACUUGUACUUAUUGGAUGAUCCAUUAUCAGCAGUAGAUUCUCACGUUGGUCGACAUCUUUUUGAUCAAUGCAUCAGCGGAUUUUUGAGAAGAGAGGCCGUAAUUUUAGUCACACAUCAGUUGCAGUAUUUAAAACAAGCAGAUGAGAUAAUAAUUAUUACUAACGGCCGUGUACAAGCACGUGGCACAUACAGCCAGUUAUCUUCUUCUGGUCUCGAUUUUGCAAGAUUAUUGGCCGAAACGUCGGAACAUCAGGAUUCACAUGAUAAUUCUAGCAUGCCAGGAAGUCGGAGAUCAUCAGCAUCAUCUACUCAAGGCAGACACCAGUCAAUCAGUUUACAAAGUGUACAUAGUAUAGAUGAGAGUAAAAUGAACGAUGAGCCAAGACAAGUUGAAGAAACUAGAGCUAGUGGAAGUAUAGGGGCAAAGACAUACGGUGAAUAUAUGAAAUCUGGAGCAGGUUUUUGCGUCUUAUUUAUAUUAUUUGCAAGUCUUAUUUUAGCGCAGGUCGCUGCAUCAGCAUCUGAUUAUUUCUUAACAUUCUGGGUAAAUUUAGAAGAAUCUAGGAACAUCACUUCUCUUAAAAUGAUGAAAAAUAUUUCUAUGGAUUCCGAUAAUUCCACUUUCAACGACGUGUUUUCAACAAAUGAUACUCAACCUUUGCCCAAUCUAUUUGCUUAUGAUGAUUCUUUCUGGGAUUUUAACAAUUGUAUCUACGUUUAUACUGCUAUAACACUGGCCACAGUUUUUAUAACUUUAGGAAGAUCGUAUUUAUUCUUUUCAAUAUGUAUGAAGGCUUCUAUGAAAUUACACAACUAUAUGUUUUCUGGUAUUACAAGAGCUACGAUGUACUUCUUUAAUACGAACCCAUCUGGAAGGAUAUUGAACCGUUUUUCAAAGGAUAUGGGAUCAAUAGACGAGUUAUUGCCUGCUGCGAUGAUCGAUUGUUUACAGAUUGGAUUAAGUUUAUUGGGGAUUAUAAUAGUAGUGGCAGUUGUAAACUACUGGCUGCUUAUACCAACAUUUUUAGUUGGUGUACUAUUCUAUCUUCUGCGAAACUUCUAUUUGGCUACCUCAAGAAGUGUUAAACGAUUAGAAGGAACAACUCGAAGUCCUGUAUUUUCACACUUAUCCGCUUCAUUAGCUGGCCUUCCUACCAUUCGAGCAUUUGGGGCCCAAAAAGUUUUAAUUCAAGAGUUCGAUAACCAUCAAGAUUUACAUAGUUCAGCAUGGUAUAUUUUCUUGGCAUCAUCUAGAGCUUUUGGUUUUUGGUUGGAUCUCAUAUGUGUUAUAUAUAUUGCUGUGGUUACAUUAAAAAACUUUGGAGGUAAUGUUGGUCUUGCUAUAACACAAGCCAUCGGUUUAACUGGAAUGUUCCAGUGGGGUAUGAGGCAAUCAGCUGAAUUAGAAAAUCAAAUGACGUCUGUUGAGAGAGUUUUAGAAUAUAGGAAUGUGCAACCUGAGCCUGCAUUAGAUUCUGAACCAGCUAAAAAACCACCUCCAAGUUGGCCAGAAAAGAAAAUUGUAUUCAAAGAUCUAUGUCUUCGUUACGCACCAGAAGAACCUUUAGUUUUGAAGAAAUUAAACUUUGAGAUCAAGCCCGGUGAAAAAGUUGGCAUUGUUGGUCGCACAGGAGCUGGAAAAUCAUCUUUGAUCAAUGCUUUAUUCAGAUUAUCAUAUCUUGAAGGAUCAAUAAUGAUAGAUGAUCGAGACACAGCUGAAAUGGGGCUUCAUGACUUGAGAAGCAAAGUAUCAAUUAUUCCUCAAGAACCAGUUUUGUUUUCUGGUACUAUGAGAUACAAUCUAGAUCCUUUUGAAGAAUAUCCAGAUAGUGCUUUGUGGCAAGCAUUGAGUGAGGUUGAGCUAAAGGAAGCUGUCCAGGAAUUACCUGCUGGAUUGUUUGGAAAAAUGUCUGAAGGUGGAUCUAACUUUAGUGUUGGACAACGCCAACUGGUUUGUCUUGCUAGGGCAAUUUUAAGAAAUAAUAAAGUCUUAGUGUUGGAUGAAGCCACAGCUAAUGUAGACCCUCAAACUGAUGCCUUAAUCCAAAAAACAAUUCGACGCAAAUUUCAAUCCUGUACAGUACUAACAAUAGCACAUCGUCUAAACACAGUUAUGGAUUGUGAUAAAGUGUUAGUAAUGGAUGCUGGUCAAGUACUCGAGUUCGGUCAUCCUCAUGAAUUGUUACAAAGCCCUGAAGGUACCUUCCGUGGAAUGGUGGUACAAACUGGACCUGAAAUGCUGGAGCAAUUGACCAGAAUUGCGUCUCAGAGUUAUGAAAAACAAAUCCAUCAAGACUAAAUAAUUUAAUUUAUAGUACUUAUUAAUUAUGUGAAGGUGAAUAUUUGACUUCUGUGUCGCAGUGAUGAAUAAAUGUGCGUUUUUUGAGUGCUCAGUGAUCUCAAAAUAGGAAUAUUAAAGAUUAUUGGAACUUUUGAAGUGAUUUUAUAUGUUACAUAUGUAUAUAUAUUUUGUAACUCUAUUUUUAACAAAAUUUUAACACCUUUUUUAAUUGCCAUAAAAUAAAAUAUUUUAUUUUGUAAAUAAUCAAUAUAUCGAUUAUGUUAUAUAUUUACAUCACACUGAAGUAUUAUAGUUAUUAAUGUUUAUAUAUAAUGCAUUUAUUACUUAAAGAAUGUUAGAUUAUAGUUUGUUCAAAACAGGGUGCAAACUUGCCUGGAAAAUAAGUGUACUUAUUGUUGUUAGCAAAAUGUAUUUUAAUGUAAUAUUAUGAAAUGUAUAUAUUCUAUUAACUUUUUGUAUAUAAA